AGAAAUCUCAGAGUGGAUUCCGCACAGUCACGCACGAACACGCAACACAAAGAGCGCGCGGGGAUGAGUGCGAUCUGAGGACAGCAGCUUUACACAACAGGUAGGAUUUUCUGCAUUUAUAGUAAUAGAUAUCUUUAAUGAUGUUUUUUUUUUGUUGUUGAAAUCUGGCCUUCAAUUUUUGUUUUACAUUAACGCCUUUAACGCACCGGGGAGUCAGCCUACUUACUGUGAUCAGUGAUCCAAUAAUUAAUCUUAUUUUAACAAAAUUAAUCCCAUGAGGCUUUUCAUUCUUUUCAUUUUACUUUUCCUUUUAAUCUGUUUUUAUUUUGUUUCUACAGGCCUAUUCCAUUUCUUCUAUGUUUCUAUGCAUUUUUGUUGUUUUAUCCCCCAAAUUAUAUUUUCAAUUAGAUUCAAUAUUUUUUAAUUAGUCCUAUUCUAUGUUAAGAUUUUUUUUCUUUUAUUGUGUUGUUUUUGUGGUGUUUUAUUUGUUUAUUCGUUCUCCCGAGUCCGCGCGCUCCCACCUGUCUCACCCUCACCUGUCUGACGUUCAGUUCACUUAACAGCGAUAAUUAAGAAAAACGACGAUGAAAGGAAGAAAUAAGAUUGAAUUCGUCGGGAAAUAAUAUAAAAAGUUCAACAGUAACAAUGAGAAUAAUUAGCCUCUAACAACAGGCAGUCAAUUAUUGAAUUAUGAAUGGGCUUAAACGCAGAGUUCCUACACCAAAUCAAGGCUAUUCCUUUUAAUUAACGAAGAUUUGAUCUGUUACUCAUUCUUACCCAUAUUUUCUACACUAUUAUCCAAUAUUACCCACAGAUUUAUGUUGAAAAGAUAAAGCAAAAAAUAAAAAUCACUUGGCCUGAUUUCAGAGCGGAUCUGAACACUUAGUACGACUGUGAAGACUCAGCUUGUUCCAUCUUCGCGGCGUUUUUUAGGUUUAAAAUCUCAUCAUGUCAAAACUGAAUUUUAUUUUGAUUAUGUUUGCUUCAUAAAAAUAAAGUUAAAGUCAGAAUUUACACAAAUUUCCGGUGUUCCCAAGUCUCCAACUGCAAGGAGGAAAAAUCACUUGUAAUUUGGUUUAACUAUACUACUCAGACAUGGACAGUAUAUACAAUCAAAACUUUCAUUAAAAAUUGACUUAAAGUUUUUUUCUGUUUGUCAUUCCAAAAAGUCGGACACCCACUUGCUAAUAUAGCCUCGAUUCUUUUUAAAUUCUCUAGAGACUCUUUGUGAUUUUUUAAUCCUUCCUAAUAGAGUUUGAUUUUUUACAAUGUUAACACAGAAACCAUAAACGAUGAAAAAAUGGUCUGAAACAUUUUAAUGGAAAUGAUGCAAAUAAAGAAAAAAAACAUUUUAUAAACCACUCUUUUGUUGGACAUGUUAUGAAAAAUAUACUUGAAUUAAACUGCUGCAUGAGAAUUAAUGAAUUAAGUAAUUAUCUUCACUUAGAAUCACUUUUUAAGCAAAACACUAACAACACCCGCACUAUAAAAACCUAUAUGUAGCAGCUAUAAAUUCAUUCCUGAACUAUAAAAUCAGCGUAAAUGUAGCAAAACUUUACCUUUUUUGUUCAUGUAAUGUCGAGUUUUGUAAAGAAUAUAUCUUAUAAUAAGGAUGACCCAAAAUAACAUAGAUAAACUGUAUAUAUGAGGUCAUGCCAUCUGAGUUACAGUGGUUACUGCCUUUGCCCCUUGGUCCCUGCGUUGUAUUCUGGUCAUAAAAGAAACAAACCAAAGUAACUAUACUAAAUAUUUAAAUUAAGUAAGAAAAAAUAAAAGUUUAAAUUAUUUUGACGGAGAAUUCUUUUCAACUUGUCGUCUAAAUUUCAGUCAUCUCAAAAUCUAAAGGCAGCUUGGACACUUUAUUUUCCCCUAUUUUUAUUUAUUUAUUUUUAAUAAUAUGGGCUUCUUCUUUCAUUAUUUACUUUAAAACAAAUAGGGGGAAAAGUGUUUCUGUUGUUUUAUUGUUUCCUGACAAACUUAUUUUUUCCUUCUACAAACAGAGAAUCAGCAUCAUGACCAGGUCUGUGCGGGAGGAUCAGGCGUCAGUGGAGUCGGUGGAGCAGCAGGAGCUUCAUAGCCCUGGAGAAGAAGAUACAGAGAGGGAGGGUGGACUAGGAGAGGAAGAGGAGGACCACCUCCACCACAUGGAGGACGAAGACGAGGAAGAUGAGGAGGAGGAAGACGAAGAGGAGGACGGUGAGAACAAGCCCAAAAGACGAGGGCCAAAGAAGAAGAAGAUGACGAAAGCUCGUAUGCAGAGGUGAGAAUUAAACUCUGUUUCAUAUAUUUUCACUUCAAGUGAAAAGGAUAUAAAGUUUGACCUGAGGGGUGGCACCAGAGAUUAAAGUGCAAGGUUCAUCCUCUGAGAAGCAGGAAAAAAUUGAAUAUAUUUAAUGAGAAUCUGACCCAAACUUUUUAGACAUUUACCCUAAAACAAUGUGUUAAAUGGACCAAAAUCACAACAUUUGAUCCAAUACACUGUAGUAAAACUUUACCAACAGACAGGAAGGCAAUGUGAUAACCUGAAAAUGCACAGACAAAAAAGUGUCACUCUUUAGGGUUGGGGUUAAAAGAAAUAGCACAGUGUAGAGGAUAGAAGUAGAAAGUAGAACAAUGGUCCCUUAUGGUGGCGUCAGCUGUUUGAAUGCAUUAAAAAUAUAUAUUUUUGAAAACUUUGUGAUAAAGCUACUGUGUCUUAAAGCUACCGUGAGGAGUUUUUGUUUGGUUAUGAAACAGACUAAAAUGAAGUGCGAGACGUAACUCUCUCAUUUACAAAAGCAAAAGAAACUGUAGAUGAUAAGACUGACAACUUCUAUAUUGUAAUUUUUAAUGCGUGUACCUGCUGCGAGGAAGUAAAUACACUAGAGAGACAGCCUUAGUUUUGAAUCCACAGCCACAUAUUCAUGUUGAGUCAUAAUUCUGACUGUAGGAGGAGGAGGAGACGUGUUUGUCACACUUUCACAAGGAUAAGACAAAAUAAGUGAGGAGUCACCACUUUGUCCACAGGGGGCGCCAAAGUCAACACAGACAACAAGUUUCUUACAGGAGCUUUAAUUUAUUAAAACCUGCAAAACAGCGUCCAUGGGUUGUGGCCGUUCAUUCAUCUUUACUGUACUUUGUUGAACAGUUAUGUGUUUAUACUUCACUGGUUUACAAACUUUAAAUGUCAGUUUUUACAACUAAGUCCAUUUACAGCUAGGGGCUUUAUUGGCAGAUAAGCUUCAGAAAUAGUCAAACAUUACUAAAGAUGGUAAUCACACAUUGCUAUGCCACAUAUUUCUCCUUCAUCAUUUUAUGCCAUCACCUUCUGCUUGAAAUGUGACACUGCAGUUAAGUUAUAGAAGAUACAACUCUGCAUGCUAGCUACUAACAUUUACUGAAAUUGUCUUAAUUGAUGCUCAAGCUUAUAAGAAAGUCUUAAAUAGCAGUCACCACUGCUGGAUUUGAUAUUUAAUCACUCAUGUAAAGGCUAACAAAGAAUCUUUUUGUUUGUUUUGGCAGGUUUAAAGUUCGCCGCAUGAAAGCCAACGCUAGAGAGAGGAACCGUAUGCAUGGUCUGAACGAUGCCCUGGAAAGCCUGCGGAAGGUCGUCCCUUGUUACUCCAAAACUCAAAAACUUUCCAAGAUUGAGACUCUUCGCCUCGCUAAGAACUACAUCUGGGCCCUGAGCGAGAUCUUGCGUUCUGGAAAAGCUCCCGACCUAAUGAGCUUCGUCCAGGCACUCUGCAAAGGUUAGUGGCACUUGAACAGCAACAGACCAAACCCAAAGCUGGCCUUAAGCCUGAUCUUUUGCUACAUGGUAAAUUAAGUAGGCUAUUCUUUGAACAUAAAUCUGAAUGAAGAUGUCAUAUCAAAAAACAAUUCGGCAGCAAAGUCUAAGAAAAGACAACGAGCCAGCUUGCCAAUGGUUUUCCUCUUUGGACCAUGAAUGUCUGAAUGUCAAAGGUGUAUUGUCACCAAAGUAGUACAUGGCCAAACAAACACUGCCAUCCACAAACUUUCUGCUGAUACAACUAAAAAACAUAAUGUUAAUUGAUUUAAGAAAAGAGUUUUACUGUUUUGCCAAUCAUUACAUUCCAUUAAAACUGUAUUUAGUGUUUCUUGGGUAAUUGCUUUGGGCCUGUGUCCACUCACAGCUUUUUCUGUACUGACAGAACCCAUGACCUUAAUUUUAGAGCACCUCUCAGCAGUGCCUGUUGUUGCAAGGUUAUGAAAGUUGUCUCACUGUUCUUUUAGACGACCAUUAUCAGUCUGACCAAGGAGGUGAAAAUCACUGAGCUUUUUGUAUUUUUGUAGAAAAUAGGUACCACCAGUGCAAAAAAAUGCAGCCAGUGGACACAGGCCCCUAUUUCUUGAAAUUGGUAAACCGAUAUUUGUUAAGUGUUGUAAUUGUUGACAAAAACUGGUAGGCAUUUUUUGUCAGCUAUUGACAGUAUUAUAUGUCAUACAGACAUGUUAAAACCAAUAAGGUAUUGACAGAUGGAUUAUAUCUGUUCUCAGGUCUGUCUCAGCCGACCACUAACCUGGUAGCAGGCUGCCUACAGCUGAAUCCUCGGACAUUCCUGCCAGAGCAGACGCCUGAUAUGCCAGCUCACCUUCCUCCCGGUGGCACGGUCACCUAUCCUGGACACUUCUCCUACCAGAGCCCUGGGCUGACGGCCGGCCUGCCAAGCCCACCUUACGGCACCAUGGAUCCUUCCCACAUCUUCCACCAGGUCAAAGGUCAGCCCUACGGCCCACUGGAGCCCUUCUUUGAUGGCGUCCUGGUGUCAGAUGGCCCAGCGUUUGACCCGCCCCUCAGCCCGCCACUCAGCAUCAACGGGAACUUCACAUCCUUCAAGCAUGAGGCUGUGUCGGCUGCUGAAUACGACAAGAGUUUCUCCUUCAGCGUUCACUACGGAGGAGGAGGAGGAGGAGCAGGGGGACACCCGACCGUCUAUGGAGGAGGGGGGUCCAACCCGCGGUGCUCUGAGCUGCAGGUGGACGGGAUGAUGGGCUUUGAUGGACACUCACACCACGAGCGGCUGAUGAACGCCCAGCUGAAUGCCAUCUUCCAUGACUCAUGAGGAAGAGGAGGAUGAAGGACUGAGAGGCUGAUGAAGCAGAGAGACAAACAGAAAGACUGUUAUAGAGAGAGACAAACAGAUCUGUGUAUUUCUUUCACUUUACACCCGUCUUUCUCUCUUUUUCUUCUUCAUCAGGCUCCAUUACUCCUCCUCGUUUCGUUCAUAAAAACAAUGAUGUCAUGAGGAUGUCAAGUUCAUGAAAUAAUCUUUGUAGCGCUUCAUCCUGCAGGAGACCUUCUCUGAAUGUCUCUUUAUUAUCCAUAUUAUCAUUUAAAAAUAAUUAAUAAUCAGUGAGCAAUAAUCUGGAGGAAACUAUGCAAUUUCGUUGAAGCCUGAGCAAAGCUGGGCUGAUAAUUCCAAAUGUUGAAAGAAUAAAGAUUUCUCUAUUUUUGGUCGGUGUGUGAGGCAGUGUGAAGCCGGCGCUGGGCUGAAGUGUUCAUGUUGUUCAUGUGGUUUUUACUUUUUGCUUUUUAUAACGUUCCUGUAGCGUUUCUGUUAACAUUUCAUGUGACUCUUGUUUAUAUUUUAUAACAUAGAUGUUUAUGAAGGCCUUUCAAUAAAGAGAAUUCAAUGUGAUUCUUCUCAA